CCACCCGGAAGACGCCGCCGCAGUUGGUCCGAGGCGCCCGCCGCCAUCGAGCGACAAGAUCCACUGACAGAAUGGGGUUCCCAUGUGACCAGUGUGGUAAGGUGUGGCAAAAUCCUUCUGGACUGAAAAGACACUACAGAACUCACACAGGAGAAAGACCAUACAGCUGUGACCGGUGUGGGAAGGGCUUUACAGACAUCAGUGUCCUGCGUCAACAUAUGAAAACUCACACAGGAGAAAAAACAUUUGAAUGUGACCAGUGUGGGAAGGCGUUUGUACAGUCUGGUAAUCUCAGUCGACAUAUGAGAAUCCACACAGGGGAAAAACCAUACAGAUGUGAUGUUUGUGAAAAGACAUUUUCACAAUCAAGCAGCCUUGUAUCACAUAUGAAAGUCCACACUGGAGAAAGGCCUUACAAGUGUGACCAGUGUGGGAAGGCGUUUCUACGAUCUAGUGCCCUUGUUCAACAUAUGACAAUCCACACUGGAGAGAAGCCAUAUAAAUGUGACCAGUGUGGGAAAGCUUUUCCUGCAUCAUUCAGACUCAAUAGACACAUGAGAACUCACUCCUGGGACAUAGUAUAUGAGUGUGACCAGUGUGAAAAGGCUUUUAAAACAUCCCAGCAACUCUCCAGUCACUACAGAACACACACAGGAGAUGAACCAGACGAAUGUGACCAGUGUGGAAAGGUGUGGCCAACUGCUUUCAGACUGAAAAGACACUAUAGAAUCCACAUGGGAGAAAGACCAUACAGGUGUGACCAGUGUGGGAUGGAAUUUACACAGACCCGUUACCUCAAACAACAUAUGAGAACUCACACAGGAGAGAAACCAUUUGAAUGUGACCAGUGUGGAAAAGCGUUUCCACUAUCUAAUAGUCUCCGUCAACAUAUGAGAACCCACACAGGGGAAAAACCGUAUAGAUGUGAUUUGUGUUGGAAAGAAUUUAGACAUUCCAGUGUCCUCCAUCGACAUAAGAGAACUCACACAGGAGAAAAACCAUACAGCUGUGAUGUUUGUGGGAAGGAAUUUACACAGUCUGGUACCCUCCAUCAACAUAUGAGAACUCACACAGGAGAGAAACCAUACAGCUGUGAACAGUGUGGAAAGGAAUAUACACACCCCUCUGUCCUCCGUCAACAUAUGAGAAUUCACACUGGGGAAAAACCAUACAAAUGUGAUGUUUGUGAAAAGACAUUUUCACAGUCAAGUACCCUUAUAUCACAUAUGAGAACUCACACAGGAGAGAAACCAUUUGAAUGUGACCAGUGUGGGAAGACAUUUAUACAAUCUAGUCAUUUCCAUAAACAUAUGAGAACCCACACUGGGGAAAAACCGUACAGAUGUGAUGUUUGUGAAAAGACAUUUUCAGAUUCAAGCCACCUCAUACCACAUAUGAGAGUCCACACUGGAGAGAGGCCAUACGAGUGUGACCAUUGUGGGCAAAGGUUCUCUGUAUCAACCAAUCUCAAAGCACACAUGAGAACUCACUCCUGGGACAUAGUAUAUGAGUGUGACCAGUGUGAAAAGGCUUUUAAAACAUCCCAGCAACUCACCAGUCACUACAAAAAGCACACAGGAGACGAACCAGACGAUUGAAGAAAAAGGGGAUGGCUUUCAGUUCUGUGAGGAACAUGUCUAAAUCUUCCAGACUGAAGAGAAAAUUUGCAGCUGUGACCAGUGUGGAAGGACUUUGAGAAAACCUGCUCAUCUGAAGCUGCACCCUCUUGAACACACUAAAGGAGAAAAAGCUGCUGAGGCUGGAUCAAUUGAGCUUAAAGUCAGACUCAAAAAGUUGGAAAUCGGGCUUCAGAGACUCCAGACUGUGGAGUUGAGCUCUGUGUAGUGUCAAAAAAUAAAAGCUUAAAAUGACA